ACUUUUAUGUUAGUGUUUACUUCGAUGUGCUAGUAGUUUGUUGGUGUAUUUAGUAAAAUUAUUUAAAAACUUUUGGCUCCGUUUAAUUCGAGAUAUCGAGUUGUGAAGUUACAUGAUGGUGUGAAAUUAUGGUUCGCGAAUAUGUAGUUGAUGAGUAACUAAUUUUAUAGAAUCAUUUUUAUUUUAAAAUUUUUUUAAAGUUUGUUAAGAAAAAAUUUAUUUAAUAAGUUCUUAAAAAAUGCCGGUUGUUGAAAAUCAAACUAUGUAUUCAGACACUGAAAAAGCUCCUAUUAUUAAUGGCAUGGAAACUCUACCAAAAACUAAACAAGUAGACCCAGCAACUUCCUAUUUGCGAGCAGCAAGAUCAGGCAACCUCGAAAAAGUCUUGCAGCUUUUAGACGGAGUUGGUGUUGAUGUUAAUACAACUAAUGCCAAUGGACUUAAUGCUCUUCAUCUAGCCGCUAAAGAUGGCCAUGUAGACAUCGUAAAGUGUUUGCUAAAAAGAAAAUGUUCAGUUAAUUCAGUGACCAAAAAAGGGAAUUCCGCUUUACAUAUCGCUUCUUUAGCUGGGCAAGAAGAGGUAGUCAAAGUAUUAAUUGAAAAUAAUGCAUCUAUUAAUAUUCAAUCACACAGUGGUUUCACUCCUCUCUAUAUGGCUGCUCAGGAAAAUCACUGUAGUAUUGUCGAAUUUUUAUUGCGGCAUGGUGCAAAUCAGUUGCUAGUUACCGAGGAUGGAUUUUCACCCUUAGCAGUCGCUAUGCAACAAGGCCAUGACAAAGUUGUUGCUAUUCUACUUGAGAAUGACACUAAAGGAAAAGUUAGAUUACCGGCACUUCAUAUAGCUGCUAAAAAGGAUGAUACUAAAGCUACUAACUUGUUGCUCCAGAAUUCUCAUAAUCCUGAUGUUACUUCAAAAAGUGGUUUCACCCCUUUACACAUAGCAGCACAUUAUGGAAAUAAUAAUGUUGCAACAUUACUGGUUCAAAAAGGUGCUGAUGUAAAUUUUACUGCCAAACAUAAUAUAACUCCUCUCCAUGUAGCAGCAAAAUGGGGAAAAUUAAGUAUGGUUGAUUUAUUAAUUCAACUUGGUGCUAAUAUUAUAGCAAAAACUCGUGAUGGACUUACACCAUUACAUUGUGCUGCUAGAUCUGGACAUGAUCAUGUUAUUGAACGUUUAUUGCAAAGCAGUGCUCCUAGAAUAUUAAAAACAAAAAAUGGGUUGACUCCUCUUCAUAUGGCUGCUCAAGGAGAUCAUGUAGAUGCAGCUAAAGUGCUUUUAAGUAAUAAAGCACCAGUUGAUGAUGUUACAGUUGAUUACCUUACUAGUUUACAUGUAGCUGCCCAUUGCGGACAUGUUAAGGUUGCUAAGGUUUUGUUGGACUUUAAUGCUGACGCAGAUGCUAGAGCAUUAAAUGGAUUUACACCCCUUCAUAUUGCCUGUAAAAAAAAUCGAAUAAAAGUUGUAGAACUUUUAUUAAAACAAGGAGCAUCUAUUGAAGCAACUACUGAAUCUGGACUAACUCCUUUACACGUUGCCAGUUUUAUGGGCUGUAUGAACAUAGCUUUAGUUUUAGUUAGUCAUGGAGCUUACCCUGAUGCUAGUACAGUUCGGGGUGAAAGUCCAUUGCACUUAGCUGCAAGAGCUAAUCAAUCUGAUCUAGUCAGAGUUUUGGUGCGUUCAGGUGCUACAGUAGAUUCAAAAGCUAGACAUAGUCAAACACCACUUCAUGUAGCAUGUAGAUUAGGUCAUACACAAAUUGCUACAUUACUAUUACAACAUGGUGCAUUAGUUGAUGCUACUACUACAGAUUUGUAUACUCCUUUACAUAUUGCAUCUAAAGAAGGAUACGAAGAAGUUGCAUCAGCUCUUUUAGAUAAUGGAAGCUCUGUAACAUCAACUACUAAAAAAGGAUUUACUCCUCUGCAUUUAUCUGCAAAAUAUGGAAAUAUUAAUAUUUCAAAAAUGUUGAUUGAAAGAGGUGCACCAGUUGAUUUUCAAGGCAAAAAUGGGGUUACUCCGUUACAUGUGGCUAGUCACUAUAACCAUCAAGAUAUUGUAUUUUUACUUCUCGACAAAGGAGCAUCACCACAUAUAACUGCUAAAAAUGGUUAUACACCGUUGCACAUUGCUGCCAAGAAGAACCAGUUUGAAGUUGCUUCUACUCUGUUGAAAAAUCAGUCUGAUGUUAAUGCUGAAUCUAAAGCUGGGUUUAGUCCAUUACACUUGAGUGCACAGGAAGGUCAUUUGCAGAUGUCAAAUCUGUUAGUUGAAUAUAAGACAGAUGUUAACCUACAGUCAAAGAAUGGAUUAACACCAUUACAUUUGUGUGCCCAAGAAGACAAAGUGAAUGUAGCAAAUUUACUAACCAAUAAUAAUGCAAAUAUAAAUGCUAUUACUAAAACUGGCUUUACUCCUUUACAUAUAGCAUGUCAUUACGGGCAGCUUAAUAUGGUAAGGUUUCUUUUGGAAAAAGGUGCUAAAGUUGAUGUCCAAACGUCAUCUGGAUACACAGCUUUACAUCAGGCUGCACAACAAGGGCAUGCUGUGGUCAUAACUUUGUUACUCCAGAGUAAAGCGUCUCCAAAUCUUCAAAAUUCUCAAGGACAAACUCCAUUAUCAAUAGCCAAUAAAUUAGGUUAUGUAAGUGUAGUAGAAACAUUAAAAGUAGUAACAGAGACUACUAUAGCAACCACAACUACUAGUAUGAUUGAAGAGAAAUACAAAGUAAUUGCACCUGAGUCAAUGCAAGAAGUAUUUAUGUCAGAUUCAGAGGACGAAGGAGGUGGUGAUGAUGUCUUGUCAGUAAUCAUGAAUGAUUACGGUAAGCCUACACAUGCGCAGCACAUUUAUCUUCCAUACUAUCAAGGUCAAAAUGUAUUAUAUGAGGAUCCUAUGUUAAGUGAUCAACACCAAUACAGAUAUAUGACAGUAGAUGAUAUGAAAUCUAUGGGGGAUGAUUCCUUGAAAAUUGAUGUCACGAGGGAUGAAAAGACCGAUAUACCUAAUGAAAUAACAGUAGUUAAUGAAUAUGUUAUGAACACUCAUGCAUCACCUCAGUACUCGCCUAACCCUUCUGGAGGAAGUAUUUUCUCUGAUAAUGUUGAUAUAUGUCGUUCACCUGUGAAUAUUGGGUUGCAUAGUCUAGAAAGAUCGUUGGCAUUGCUUGGUCCUCAUGGAAAGACAACAGGAAUGUGGCGUGAAAGACAAAAUCAUUGGAAAAAUUUCCUGGUGAGUUUCUUAGUAGAUGCUCGUGGCGGUGCAAUGAGGGGUUGCAGACAAUCUGGUGUAAGAGUUAUCAUUCCUCCUAGAAAAGCUCCUAGUCCAAUGCGAGUUACUUGUCGAUAUUUACGAAGAGACAAACUUGUUAAUCCACCACCACUUAUGGAAGGAGAAGCAUUAGCUAGCAGAAUACUUGAACUAGGUCCUACCGGUGCUAAGUUUCUUGGACCAGUUAUUAUUGAAGUACCUCAUUUUGCUUCUAUGCGAGGUCGUGAAAGAGAAUUAGUUGUUUUAAGAUCUGACAAUGGAUCUACAUGGAAAGAUCACACUUUAGAAGCCAAUGAAGAGGCUGUUCAGGAAGUUUUAAAUGAUAGCUUUGCAGGUGGUGAAGAAUUAAGGCAAAUUGAAGAUCUUAAAACUAGUCGUAUAGAACGCAUUUUGACUACAGAUUUUCCACAAUACUUUGCUAUUGUGUCAAGGUUACGUCAAGAAAUUCAUCCUGUUGGUCCUGAAGGAGGAGUUAUAUCUUCUACUGUUGUUCCCCAAGUACAAGCAUUAUUCCCUCCUAAUGCAUUAACAAAACGGAUUAAAGUUGGCCUUCAAGCACAACCUAUUCCUUUUGAUUUAGUUACCAAAUUAUUUGGUAAUCGUGUAGCUGUAUCACCUGUUGUAACUAUUGAGCCCAGAAGAAGAAAAUUUCAUAAAGCAAUUACUUUAACUAUUCCUUUACCACAAGCUACUACUAAAGGAAUGAUUAAUCAGUAUUCAGGUGAUGCUCCAACUCUUAGACUUCUUUGUAGCAUGUCAGGGGGUCAAUCAAAAGCUCAGUGGGAUGAUGUAACUGGUGGAACACCAUUAACAUUUGUUAAGGAUUGUGUAACAUUUACUACGACAUUAUCAGCAAGAUUUUGGUUAAUUGACUGCAGAAAUGUUAGCCAAGUAAAGAACAUAGCUACACAACUUUUCAUUGAAGCAAAUUAUGUACCAUUUAUGGCAAAAUUUGUAGUGUUUGCUAAAAGAACAGAGGCAAUUGAAGCGCGACUCAGAGUAUUUUGUAUGACUGAUGAUAAGGAAGAAAAAACAUUAGAAAAUCAAGAGCAUUUUGUUGAAGUAGCUAAGAGUAGAGAUGUGGAAGUAUUGCAAAAUAAAGAUAUAUUUGUGGAAUUUGCUGGAAACUUAUUACCUAUAUAUAAAUCUGGUGAACAACUUGAUUUUAAAUUCAAAGCUUUUCGUGAAAAUCGUCUUCCAUUUACUGUACGUUUACGAGAUUUAGAUGACACUAAUGUUGCCAGAAUUUUAUUCAUGCGUGAACCUAAAAUUAGUCGUGGUGAACCAGCUCAAACACCACUUUGUGUAUUAAAUGUUGCUAUUCCAGAGGAUAUUGUUAAUGAAUCCACAAAAUCAGAAUCAGAUUUACUAAGUCUAGAUAGAAGUUAUAAUAUUUAUGAUAAUGGUUAUGAACCAGAAACUGAUACUAUUCAUCGUGCAGAUAUUCGUUUGUCAGAUAUAUCUAAUAUGUUAGGCGAUAAUUGGUCUGAAUUAGCUAUUGAACUUGGUAUUUUACAAUCAGAUAUAAGUAUUAUUAAAUCAGAAUAUCCUGAUAAUCCACCUAGACAAGCUAUGGUUAUGUUGAGGUUGUGGUUACAAACUUUUGGUCAACAAGCUACUGGAAAUUCUUUAGAAAAAGCUCUAAGAGAUAUAAAUCGUGAAGAUAUAAUUAAUCAAUGCAUCCAUAAUAUUGAAAUUGUAACUGACGAUAUGGAAAAAGCAGUUGCUAAAACACAUUUAGAUCAAUCAGGAUUUGAUUCUUUAAAAGAAGAACUUGGUCCUUCUAGAGAUGGAUCACUUGGUCGCAAUUCAUCACUUUCUAAUAAAAAAGAAUCUAGUCAUAUAAUACCUGAAAAUGGUGAUGCAGAAAAACAAGCUGAUAAGGUUGAAGAAGAACUUAUAAAGUCUUUUAAUGAGCAAAUAGUUGUUGAGAAAAAUCUAAAUAAUGAAAAAUUAUUUGAUGAUAAAUAUGCAGCAGAAGUGAAAGAAGUUAUAGAAAAAAAAGAUCUUAAAAAUAUUAAUGGAGUUAGUAAAAAAGGAAAAAAAUCUAAGCGAAACAAAAAUAAUUUCCAAUCAGGAAAUGCAAAUACAUCUAAAAAAAAAGAUGAAAAUAAUACUGUUCAGGGUGGUGCUGAUUAGACAUUUAUUUUAGAAUGAUAUUUCUUAAAACUAUUUUUUAAUUAUAAAUAAUGUUAAAUUAUUUUUGCUAGGCACGCGUGUUUGUGAUAUCAUAUUGAUUCUAAUAUAUUGAAUAUAGGAAACUUUCCAAUUACCUAGUGAAUGCUUAAUUUAUAUAUUUGUAUCCAAUAAUGUUGGCUUAUAUAUGCAUAUGCUUCACAACAUUAUUUGUCUUUUCUUUUUUGUAUUAGUAAUUCAAAAAGUAUUAAAUUUUUAUGACUUAUGCUUUUGACAAUGGUAACCGUUCUAUUUGACUAAAUGAACUUUAAUUUUUUUUUUUUUGUUGUUAUUUAUACUUAAAAUUAUUUUAUUAUAUGUUUUCUUCCACUUUCCAUUGAACUUUCUUUUUAUAGAAUUAAAUCGAAUAAAUGUAUUUAUA